AUGCUAGGGAUGACCUUCAAAAAAAAUUCUUCCGUCACUUGGGCUCUGUCUGAUUUCUCGUCUGUCAACAAACACUGGCUAGAAGGGAGACGUCUCGAGGAAGAACUCAUCAACCCGAAGCCAAGAACCGGUGUCCCGUCCAUCUUGCGCCAGCAUCGAUCGUUGCGUGUCUUGUCAUCGUACAAGCGUCUGGCGUCCGGUCUCCGUUUCGCGAGAAGGAAAAUCGUGGAUUUUGCAAAAGGCCGGUCCAGCCGGUCCGACUCGACUGCCUUGCUUGGUCCUUUUCCCUUCGCUUCGUUGAUGGCGACACACAACGAGUCUCUCCAAGCAGAGCCGCAGGGGCGAACGACUGCCAAGCGCCUUUUCGCGUGGACUGAGGACGACAGGCAUUUUGCGCCUCUUCCUCAUGGCGGUGUGACGUGCUUGCCUGCCGCCCCCGGUUCUGCCUGUCAGACCAGCUGUGGGGGGGAGGCGUCCACUGUAGGACUCCCAGGAACAGUUGGUCAGGAACUUGGGAAGCGUCGUCGCCUGCUGGGACCGGAUGGCCGCUCCAGGGUGGUUUCGGGGGAGGACAAUGAGAGAAAAGUGUCCGGGAUCUCCGCUGGCAGUCGGAUGACUGCUGCCGUAUCUACGGCGCAGCUUUCGAUGCCGUCACAUUUUCCAGCGAUCGGCGAAGCAGCCACUACGAACCACGUUCCCAUGGGAGACGAGUCGGAAGAACUCGGCAGAACCUCGAGUGUUUCCUCUGUCGAGGUGGACAUGGUGGACGCCGGCGGAGGCUCUCCUCCGAGACUCUCACCGAGGUCUCCUCCGAGACUGUCACCGACAGGCUCAUCCUGUUCCGGAAAGGUGCUUGCCCACACCAGCGGAAGGACGAGUGCGAAGGAGUCGGUCGCCAACUCGGAGAGCCGAUCUGCAGACUUUUCUCAGGCACAGGGCGAAGAGAGGAAGAACGAGAACUGUUACGCGAUCAUGCCUUUUCUUUCCGAAACGGCCGCCCAAAUCCCGCGGCCUCUCGGGGAAGGCGAGCUCUCGUUGGACGCCCUUCUCCACGGGGCAAGCACCGGCGUCCAUACACCUGCUCCGCUCUCGGAGAUGAUCAACGACCCCGAAGUCGCGAAACUCCUCCGAGACCAGCCUGCGAAUCCGCUGGAAAGUCUCGAGCAAAGUAGCGAGGGCUUUCUACUCACGGAGGUUCUACGGAAGAAGCGAGAGGCGCGGCUGAAGAAGGCCAUUCGCAACGUCGGGCGGAUGGGAGAAGGGGGCGUUAGUUUGAGGGCGCUCUACGACCUCUGUGAAAGUGACAAAGAGGAAUCAGAGCAUGAGCGUGAAACAAAAGAUCCUUCUCCAAGCGGAGCCCUGUCGCCCGAUAAAGACGGAGAGGAUGCAUCCAUGGACUGA